GGGCUGAUCCCAGCCUUGUGUUGGCUCUGUGUGUUGGAGACAAUGCUGCCCAUGGUGCUGAUGGCGAUGGGGGCUCUGGCACUCUCCGCCGUGCCAGUGCUCUCUCAGAACGACACGGAGCCCAUCGUCCUGGAAGGCAAGUGCCUGGUGGUUUGCGACUCCAACCCGACCGGUGACUCCAAGGCGUCCUCCUCCUCCCCGCUUGGGAUCUCUGUCCGCGCCGCUAACUCCAAAGUGGCGUUCUCCGCCGUCAGGAGCACCAACCACGAACCGUCCGAAAUGAGCAACAAAACUCGGAUCAUUUACUUUGACCAGAUUUUGGUGAAUGUGGGUAAUUGUUUUACCCUGGAGUCAGUCUUUGUAGCUCCAAGAAAAGGCAUUUACAGUUUCAACUUUCAUGUUAUCAAAGUAUACCAGAGUCAGACGAUCCAGGUCAAUCUUAUGCUUAAUGGUAAACCAGUAAUUUCUGCUUUUGCUGGGGAUAAGGAUGUGACUCGUGAAGCUGCCACUAAUGGAGUCCUGCUGUAUUUAGACAAAGAAGACAAAGCAUAUCUGAAACUGGAGAAAGGUAACCUGGUUGGCGGAUGGCAGUAUUCAACAUUUUCUGGCUUCUUGGUUUUCCCUCUGUAA